AUGUGGCAGACUCUCAUGUCUACGAUCUUGCAGCGCAUUGAUGUGUUUCUGCAUCCAGCAAACACAUCAAACGGUUGCGAGAAGGGAUGGAAGGCUCGAGCUCGGGCACUAUGCCACAAUGCGGUCCUCGGUUGCAAUACAGAAGAUGCUGCAACGCUUUCCUUGCGUCGACAUGCGGAAGGGAUGCUCUGCAAACUUGAUCAGGCUGUACUGAUGCGAGUAUCGUUGCUCUCAAAUCGACUUAAAACCAGCAAGAGGUUAGACCAGCAAGGUUGGUGGCCAGGUGUUGCGCUGGCAGCGCCUAGUCCCGAUGUCGCAUACCUCAAGGCGCACUUGGAACUGCUCGAAGAGCUAUUUGCAGUCGACUUUGAGGAUUUAGAAACCAAAGGGGAUCUGAAGAAACUGGUGUUUGAUUUGCGCGUGGAGCUUAACAAGGAGCGAAGCACCAUGGCAUCUCUGCAGCGGACAUACAUACGGGAAGUGAAGCGAACCGAUUUUCUUGAGACACUCUUAAAUGCCAGCAAUAACGAGCACCUGGCUCUAUUGGACGAGCUGCGCGGCCUCAAGAAAGAAUUGAUGUUCGAGAAGGAGAACGCCCUGCAGCAGGGGAAAUCAACUGAGGGUAUCGAAGAGGGCGCGCGUCUACUCAUCGAAAGCCUGAGAAACGACAAACGGCGGCUUGAAGGGCAAAUGCGAAAUGCAUUGAAUACUGGUGACAUCAUGGCAGCAUCUCUAUCAUCUGCUCACAUCGAAUGUGAUCGGUUGUGCCUUCUUAGGGAUUACGCAAAAUGUAAAGCGCAUGAGGCAAACAUGCGCGCAGAAAUCGCUGAGCAAUCUCUGAUUCAUGAUGAGCAACAUCUCAAAGAACUUGAAGCGACCUUAGAAAAGUUGGGUGAUGCACGUGCUCAAAUUCGAGCCUUGGCCACACAAAAGGUUGAUGAUGAGAGGCAAAUCAUCAUCGAGCGACAAUUGCGCGAACAAGCAGAGCUUCGAGCAACCAAAUUUGAAAGGGGGUUCAUAGACGCUCAAGCGCGAGCAAACAGCGAGCGAGAGAUCGCCGAAAGUUUCAAAGCGGAGAUCGUAGUUCUACGACAAGAUCUUCAGAAUGCUAAAGAUGCGCUGAAAACUCGCAAGGCUGUGAAUAACAUUCCAAAAAUGCCUUUCAAUUUAGAUCGAGUGCUCCGCGAAGAGCUGGAAACAGUGAGCCAGGAUGCUGAAAAGACAGCAGCUCAGCACCAGGAGGAAAUUUCGCGCCUCCAAUGCCAUGCACACUGUAUAUCCGAAGCGGGGGGGCAUUCAAAGAAAUACAAGGCAGCACCUUCGCCCGCACCUAUAUCCAAAAAUCAACUAAUAUUAGAGCCUGCUCUCCACAAUAUCACGCAUGCAGCCUUGUCGAUAGAGGCGGAGGCCGAUGCGGGACACGAUCGAACAGCCAAAAACUGGGCUGUGCGGCAGAAGAUUCUGGAUGAGACAGAACCUGUGGAAAAAUCGAAGGUCAAGUGGGACUUUCGAGCAAGACAAUCAAAGCUUCCCUCGAAGGAUCAUUUCGAAAACCUCCCUUGUACCAAGCCCCGUGUCCUAAUGCCCAAAGUGGGCAAGAUCGUCGACUCACCGGUCCAACGCACCGAGGCUAAUUUGCCGGUCCACCAAGCACUAGCCGAAGCUUCUAUGGUCACAUCGCAGAGCUAG